UAUUUUUUUUUUGAUGACAGAUCGCGAUGAUUUUUCUUUCUAUGGUACAAUAGCUAAAUCUUGGGUUUUGAUUUAUUAUAGGAAUUAUUAAAGAUUAAUCUCUGGGAAUUAUAUUUUCUUUCAGCAAAAUUUACAGUUUGUCUUGUCUCUGAUUAAAUAUACCAUAAAGAAUUAUUAUUCCUUUCAAGAUGAAAUAAAUAAGUUUCUAAAUCUUCUAACAAUGCAUAUAAUACAACUUUCUUUGUACGUUACAUUUGGUUUUUUAAUUUGGAUUUCUUCGACCAGGACUAAAUCUAAUACUGACAGAAAUACCCAACUGCUAAUGUACAAAGAUGGUGUAGUUGCUAGAGAAAAGUUUGUAUAUUUUAGCGUUGAAGAGGAAGGUGAUCUUGUACUCUCUUUGCAUUCAUUUGAUGGUGACGCUGAUAUAUACAUUGCUGAACAUCCAAAAGUGCCUACUUAUGAACCUGAUACCUAUGAUUUACAUGCUGCUACCUGUGGAGAAGAUGUUAUUGAGAUUCCAAAGAGCUUUAAACGACCUAUAAUAAUUGGAAUUUAUGGCAAUUCAAUCUAUGAAACAACCAAUUUCAAACUUAGAGUAGAAAGAAUUGAUAAUGACAAAUUCGAAAAAACCAGUUCCUCAGAUUUUGUUCAUCCACGCUCCACUCAGGAUGAGCCACAAAAGAACAAACCUGAUGGUUCCACAGCAAAUAAGCCAAAGAUUAAAGUCAACAAUAAAGUAGACCUUAAAUCUCUAUUUUUCAGUAUUCUGGAAGUUCUAGCCUCAGCAUUAUGAAAUUUCAUAGGAAGAUUUGAAAGCAAAGAAAUCGACUGUAAUUUUUUGUGAUAUUGAGUUAUUUAUUGUUCUAUAUAUUUUUAUACUGACAUCAGUGUUCUGAAAAAAGUAACUUUGAAAUAAUUUUUUGAGAUAGCAAGUUUUAAUUUCCCAAUUGUCUAUCUUUUUGGUAAUGAUAAAUAAAUUCAAUAUUUAUUCAGACAA